UAAUUAAAUUAAAACUUCUUUCGUUCUCAUGCCAUUGAUAUCGUUGCAAUGUUUUUUAACAUUCACGAAUGCAUAUAAAAGCGUACACAUUUACGUACAUAUAUUUGAACGUAAGCUUAUGUGGAUGCGGGUGCUAACGAACAUACUCAUAUAAGUGUGUUCAAAUGUGCGUUUAAUGAACAUAUUUGAUGAAACGAAAUAGCGUGAGUACAUGCAUACAUAACUGUCUCUAAUGUGGACUGUUUGUUUGUGAUAGACGACUAUGGAGAAAUUAAAUGAAUAUCAAGGAUUCACCGGCCAAUUGCAUCAAUGGCGCGAUAAUGUUAAAGAACGAGUUGAUAAACUACGCGAGACCGGUCCGCCAAAUAUUAUUGGAUUAGCAAACGAUCAACUAAAAGGCAAUGCUGCAGCCGAUCAAGAUUACUCCCAUAUUUACAGACGCAAAUCCCGUAUGGAAUUAGUUCGUGUGUCUGCUGCUGUGAUGGGAAUUGAAUUUUCUUAUGCUGCCGAGACGGCUUUUGUGUCUCCCACCCUUCUCAAAAUUGGCGUCGAGCACAAACAUAUGACAUUAGUGUGGGCUCUAUCACCAUUGGUGGGAUUCUUUUUAUGCCCUAUAUUGGGUUCUAUGAGCGACCGCUGCAAGCUUAAUAUAGGACGUCGAAGACCGUUUAUUAUAUUGUUAUCAAUUGGUGUAUUUAUUGGCUUACUUUUGGUGCCUAAUGGAGAAGACUUAGGUUACUGGUUUGGUGACGUGGAUCCCCAUCUGCAAAUAGCAAAUUUGAAUAUAACGUUAAACGGCACGCAUAGCAAUUUUGAUGUCUCGCCGCAUCGUAUCACAGCGUCACAAACGGACGUUCAACUUGUGCAAAAAACUUCACAUCCAUGGGGAAUAUUUUUCACAGUACUGGGAACAGUUUUAUUGGAUUUCGAUGCUGACGCCUGCCAGAGUCCUUCUAGAUCUUACUUAUUGGACGUAUGUGUGCCAGAGGAUCAUGCCAAAGGUCUUUCCACUUUCACGAUCAUGGCUGGCCUUGGUGGGUUUUUUGGCUAUUCAAUGGGAGGAAUAAACUGGGACGAAACAUCAGUUGGACGACGUUUGGGUGGACAUGUCAAGGCGGUCUUUACUAUUAUUACCUUUAUUUUUGUUGCUUGCGUUUCGCUUACAGUUACGAGUUUUAAAGAAAUUCCUCUUUGGGCUAUAGCAACGUCAAAGGCUAAACGUCCAGCAGCCGGAACUAAUUUACUAGAUGACGAGCAGGCAAGCUAUGGAGCAUUAGACAACGCCGUCUUUAAUGAUACUGAAGAUCCUCCAGAACGGCAACAAUCAAGUUAUUUGGCUGAGAGCGCUGCAGAAGAAAAUGUUGCGGAGACAAGUUUUACUCCCUACGAAAUGGACCCCGAGCAGCUGAAGCCGGAUCAGAACAUCCCCCCGGUUGCGGGAGAUAAAGACUCUGGCCAAACUGUCGAAACUCUUUCACACUAUUUGCUAUCUAUUAUAUAUAUGCCGCAUUCUUUGCGGAUGGUUUGUCUUACAAAUCUCUUCUGCUGGAUGGCGCACGUUUGCUAUUCUCUUUACUUUACGGAUUUCGUUGGUGAAGCUGUAUUCAAAGGGGACCCAAAAGCAAUCGAGGGGUCGCAGGAGGAGAUUUUAUACGAGGAAGGCGUUCGAUUUGGGUGUUGGGGAAUGGCAAUGUAUUCCCUGUCGUGUGCUACCUACUCCUUUGUAAUCGAAAAAUUAAUACAGCGUUUUAGAGCAAAAAAUGUCUAUGUUGGUGGUCUUCUAUUUUAUUGUACAGGAAUGUCGCUUAUGGCAUUGACCAGAGCUAAGACUAGUGUGAUAGUUUUUAGUUGGGCUGCAGGAGUCAUGUAUUCCACGCUCUUCACCAUGCCGUAUCUUCUUGUGGCCCAUUACCACUCUAUGGGAACAUUUGAACUGGACAUCGAUGGUAACGCCAAGCUAGGCUCCGAAGUUCGUGGUUUAGGAACCGAUGUAGCUAUAGUAAGCAGUAUGGUAUUUCUCGCUCAAUUCAUUCUAUCAUUAUGUAUGGGGACAAUUGUUUCGGUGUCAGGAACUACGACAGCUGUUGUGGCUACAGCAAGUUUUCUUAGCUUCUGUGGUGCUUUUUGUGCAACGCAAAUUAUGUACUUGGAUUUGUAAUAUCAAAAUUAAGUUUAGAAAUAAGCAUUCAUCUAAUUGUUGUUACAAUUCUCUCUAAUGUAAAAUUGAGAUAAAACUUUAAAACCCGGAAGAGAUGUUCAUAACUACGAAUAGUUCUUAUUAAACAUAGAGCAAACAUUCCUCGAUUUAAAACACAUUUACAACACAAUCCGCAUAUAUAUUUAUAUAUAAACAGAUUAUAUAAAGAUUUUAUAGCAUAAAAACUAUCCCAAUCCAUAGCGAACAGAAGACGUAAAUAUCUUAUUUGAUUUCGCUUUCCUUUAUCAUUCCUUAAAUGUUCUGUUACAUAUUUGCUCUUUUGUUCACAUCGUCUUUUCAAUCUUUUCAACAUCGUGAUU